AUCACCUUUAAGUCAACAAUGGCUUCUCUCAUCACUAGGUUGCUCCUCCUUCUCUUUCUCUGGUAUUCUCUCAUUUGUCUAUCUUCUGGUGCUUCCAAUGAUUAUUCCGUUUUGAACCAAGAUCUUGACAAAUUCAAUUCUGAGAAGGAAGUCUUCCAUCUGUUCCAAGAGUGGAAGCAGGGGAAUGAACGAGAAUACCAAACCCUAAAUGAGGAGGUAAAGAGAUUUGAGAUUUUCAAAAACAACUUGAAGCAUAUCAAAGAGAGAAAUGCAAAGAGAAAGUCAUCAACCGAUUAUAGUUUGGGUUUGAACAAGUUUUCAGAUAUGACUUACGAAGAGUUUAGCAGAAUCUACUUACGUGAGAUGAAAGAGCCCAUAAUUGGAAGUAACAAAGGCAAAAUGGUGUCAAACAGUGAAUCCUGUCCCGAUGCGCCUUCUUCCUUGGAUUGGAGGUUGUCUGGAGCUGUAACUUACGUUAAAGACCAAGGCUCAUGUGGUUCGUGUUGGGCAUUCUCUGCAACUGGAGCCAUAGAAGGAAUAACUCAAAUAGUCACACAAAAUCUUCCGUCUCUUUCUGAACAACAACUCAUAUCUUGUGAUACGAAUAACCAUGGUUGCCAAGGAGGGUGGCACUUUAAGGCAUUAGAUUAUGUCAUGAACAAGGGUAUUGACACUGAAAGAGAUUAUCCUUAUACAGCUAGCGAUAGCGCAUGCAAUUCUACACUGGAACAAAUGACAUUUGCUACUAUUGAUGGCUAUGGCUAUUGGUGGAAGACACCUAUCUCAGAAGAUUCUCUCUUUUGUUAUGUUUUCAAGCAACCUAUUAGUGUUUCCAUAUAUGCAAGUCCCAAUUUUAUGUCUUACAACAAUGGAAUCUUUAGCGGGGAUGAUUGCGCUAACAUUUCGUCAUGUUAUCAUAAUCAUGCUGUAUUAAUCGUGGGAUAUGGUUCGUCGGGUGCAAAUCAAGAUUAUUGGAUUGUCAAAAACUCAUGGGGACCUUCUUGGGGACAAUGUGGUUACAUUUUGGUGAAAAGAAACACAGGGACUGCUCAAGGAGUAUGUAACAUAAAUUGCUCUGGUUCUUUCCCAAUGAAAGCAAGUAAAGAAGCUUUGAAGUUUGCAUCCUCUAUGUGAAGACCAGUAGUAGUAAAUAAAGCCAAGGAUUGGGCAUGAAUAAAUGGAAAAUGAUUUUCCUUUAAAUGAAACUUAUGUAAGCCCUAGUAUGAAUAAAAGUUUCUAUGUGGUUCAACCUUAUGUAAGCCUUAGUAUGAAUAAAGUUUCUAUGUGGUUCAAA